ACUGGCAGUUUCAGCUUUACUCAUCCCUGUAUCGCGAAUCCAACUGGGGGUGCCCUCUUCCCUGUAAAACCCUAGCUCAUAUAUGACGGGCGGAGGAGAUGACCGGGUUACCGUGAGGAGAUCGAAGAGGAGUACCGCAUUGGAGGCCACCGCGAAUGGGUCUCUGCAAGUCCUAGGGCUUCCGGCCACGAAGAAGCGGGUUGUAUUGGGCGAUAUCACCAACAAGUGCUCUGGUCAGAACUCUGAUCUCAGACGAUCCCAGAAGUCCGGAUCCACGCCCGAAUUGAAGAAGGUCGGCGGCGAGGAAACUCCCAAUUCUGGAUCUGUUUCUGAGAAUCGGAGCCCCGAGAACACUCACAAGUCUUCCUGCGCGCCUCUCAUUUAUCGCCAUCUUCACUCCAUGGAGGUUGAGAAGAAAAGAAGGCCUUUGGCAAAUUACAUUGAGAAGGUUCAAAAUGAUAUGUCUCCCAGUAUGCGGUUAAUUUUGGUUGAUUGGUUGGUGGAAGUAGCUGAAGAGUAUAGACUCGUCGCAGAUACACUCCAUCUCACAGUCUCGUAUAUUGACAGAUUCCUUUCGUUCCGUGCUCUGAACCGGUCAAAACUUCAGCUUCUGGGCAUUUCUUGUAUGCUCAUUGCAUCAAAAUAUGAAGAGAUCCAGCCACCACAUGUUGAAGACUUUGUGUAUAUCACAGACAAUACAUACACUAAAGUGGAGGUCAUUGACAUGGAGAGAGAUCUGCUGAAGUUUAUAGGCUUUGAAACUGGCAACCCCACAACAAAAACUUUUCUCAGGAUCUUCACCAAACCUUCUCAAGACAACAUAAAGUUUUCGACAAUGGAAUUUGAAUUCUUGUGUUGUUUUCUCGCGGAGCUCAGCUUAUUAGAUUAUCGCUGUGUCCAGUACUUGCCAUCCCAAAUUGCUGCAUCUGCUAUUUUUCUUGCAAGAUUUACAAUUCUACCAACACUUCAUCCCUGGAGCUCUGCACUGCAACAGUAUACUGGCUACAAACCAUCCGAAUUGAAGGAUUGUGUUCUGGCAUUACAUGAAAUGCAUUUGAAGAAAAGAGUGGGAUCCGCAGUAGGAGAAAAGUACCAUAUGCACAAGUACAAACAUGUGGCUACAAUGUGUCCACCACUGGAAAUUCCCUCAUCUUACUUUCGUGAUGCAUGAAGAAGAAAGAAAGGGGACACACAAGAUGUCAGUGGUGCCGUGUUUUGAAGAACUGCAUUAUAAACUGGGGAUUCUUAAGGCCCUGUUUGGAUGCAAACCUUGAAAGGGAAGACUUGCAAUGAAUUAGAGCUUGUAAGGUUUAGCUGAAAAAUUGAGUAUUUCAAUAAUUGAUUUUGUGCACAAUCAAUUAUUGUUGCAAUU